AUCAAUGGAGAGGUUCGCGGGUGAUACGGAUAAACUCCACAAAGUUCAAUGAGCUGAUGUCGAAUCUCUUGGCAGAAAAAUUUCCAACUAAAUUUCUACUAAGAAAUGCUUGAACCAUUUUCAUUCACAUUUCACGUUAACUGAGGCAACAUAAAGUCAACAUAACUCCGAAUUAGUCUAAAAUUUGGUUUGAUAAAAUAUGGCACCUUUUAACUGAGAACUUUUCGAUUUUAAAAUUAAUUUAAAUCUGUAAUUAUCCUACGAAAUCUAAAUUAAUAAUACAAUUUAUGUGUUUUUGCUUAUUUUCCACGACUUAUUUAAGUGAACAAUUUUUUUUCACGUUUGGGUAUUGCCGGAAAUUCAAUGUAGAAAUGGGAAAAAAACCUUUCCGGGUUACUGAGCUUCCGGUGCAGAGUCAACGACUGUGUUCACUUCACGGUCAUGCCCUCUCGAAAACUUCCAAUCGAUUGUAUAGUAAGCAAGUUACUUGGCAAGUACUAAAAGUAGAAUCGGUAAGUAUUUGCCGUCACAUGAGCCCGGACGUGCACACGCAGCUGGCCGCUGUCAUGGAGUCGCUUGUCCACGCCGCCGUGGCCGAGCUCCACAAGCAGCAUUCAAGCGGAGGAGGUGGAGGAGGAGACGGCGGCGGCCCGCCAGCCGACCUUCGCCGAGGAGAGGCGCCUCCGUGGGCGGCCAGCGUACACCAAGAGAGCCGCGAACAGCUGGUGUGCUUUGCUGCCAUCUUGGAGACGCUGGCCAACGAGGCUUUGGGGAAGAUUAUCAAUAUUGUGGAUGGCGUCGACCCGAGGCGGACUGUCAGCCGAGCGGACGGCAGCAAGAUGCCGCAGAUAGCCAUCGUCCGCAUCCUCAACAAGGCCUGCGUGGAAGAAGAGCACUCGUACGGCAUCCCUCCGGCGGAUCACGAGGCCCCCACGCUUGCUAAGGAGGAACCACUUGAAGAGACGCCAUUGAUCCCGGCUGUCAGCGUCAAAGACCAACACGGAUGCGUGGACCUGGACGCCAUUGCUGAGCGUGCCCGACUGAACACGGCGCCGCUAGCGAGCUGGGACUCCAAAGAGUUGGCGGCAGACGGCGUCACGCACAAGAGGAAGUCCUCCUCGUCAUCGAGCCGACUGGCCUCGUGGAGCCAUGUGCCACGGGAGACCUCCAGCGCCUCGCCCGACCGGGCGCGGCUCCAGCCGCAUGGCGCAAACGAGAAGCCUUUUGCCUGUGAGUUGUGCGGCCGACGCUUCACUCUGAAACAAAACUUGCGGCGCCACGCCCGCGGCCACACAGGCACCAAGUCGUUCUGCUGCGGCGCGUGCGGGAAAGGCUUCACGCGUGCCGUCACGCUCAAGAUACACCAGCUGAUCCACACGGGCCAGAAACCCCUCAAGUGCGACCAGUGCCCCAAAACCUUCCGGUACGCCGUCAAUCUGAAGAACCACCUGCGUGUCCACACCGGUGCGCGGCCCUUCGCCUGUGAUGUCUGCCCCAAGACUUUCUGCCAGGCGGUCAACCUGAAGAUCCACCGUCGCGUGCAUACGGGCGAACGGCCGUACGCGUGCCGGCGCUGCGGGAAGACCUUCAGCCAGCAGAGCAGCCUGACUGCUCACGGUCGUACGCACUCGGCCGAGCGCCCCUUCGCCUGCGCGUCCUGCGCCAAGCGCUUCAACAGCGCAAACGGCCUCAAACUGCACGUACGCGUGCACACGGGCGAGCGGCCGUACGCCUGCGAUGUCUGCGCGAAGACCUUCAGCCAGGGCAGCCACCUGCGCACCCACAAGAGCCAUCUGCACGCUGGUGGAAAGCGCUUUAUCUGCGACAGGUGCGGGAAACGCUACGCCGACGGACGCAACCUGAAGACUCACAAGUGCGGCUACGCGUGACGGCUUGCCGCCGCCUUAACAGCGCGUGCUGCUGCAGAGCUUUUACGUGUGAUGCCACUCCCUCGACACGUUCCCUGCAUCAAGUUUUUUUCAUUGCGGAGGCUCCAAGUUUCCGAUUUCAUUGAAAGAAUUUACAGAAGGGCCGCACGAGUGGUCACAAUCCGGCUGAACAGGCUUGGACUUGUCGUGGCAUGAUUCAUCAUGUAGAAAGUUGUUUUGUUAUUUUCUACAGCAUUUCGUGACAGCUAUUUGCGUGUUUGAUUGGGUUGAAAACAUUUAAUAUUUUCAAGUGCAUCUCAAUAAAUUAGAAAUACAAA